AUGAGCACCAAUGAGCCAUUCUACUUGCGAUACUACUCUGGUCAUCAAGGCCGCUUUGGACACGAGUUUCUGGAGUUUGACUUUCGUGUUCUUGGAGACGGCCGCAGCGCAUCUGCACGCUAUGCAAACAACUCCAACUACCGCAACGACUCACUGAUCCGAAAAGAGAUGUGUGUCAGCGACAUCUUGGUGGCUGAGAUCAAGCGUAUUGUCAAAGAAAGCGAAAUCCUCAAAGAAGAUGACACAAAGUGGCCUCAAAAGAACAAGGACGGUCGUCAAGAGCUGGAAAUUCGGUUAGGGAGCGAGCACAUCUCCUUUGAAACUGCAAAAAUUGGAUCGCUGCAGGACGUCUCAGAAUCAUCGGACCCCGAAGGUCUGCGUGUCUUCUACUACCUGGUCCAAGAUCUCAAGGCUCUUGUCUUUUCUCUGAUAGCCCUCCACUUCAAGAUCAAGCCAAUCUAA